GACGACGCCUAGAAUAUUGAUUAUCCGUGAUCCACGCAACAAUACCCCGAAAUAGCCAUAGCGAGCUGCACAUGCCUUCAAUCAGCGAAUGCACGUGAUCGUUCAGGAAGGAGAUGUUCAACCACCCCAAGCAGGCGGCAUCAGCCGAAGAUGAAACGGAAACGGGAGGUUCGCUCCCACCACACCACUUCGCCCAUCGUCAGGGGCCCGUCUCAAAAGCCGUUACGCUGAAACAGGCCCUUCCCAGAAGUCGACCCGCUGAUGGCCUCACUGGCUCUGGUUGGACGACGCCCGUUUUCCCACGCCGCAUCACACCUCGCCCAAUCGAUUGAAUUUCUUCCCAAUUUCCCUUUUGCAUCCCUCCUUUCACCGUUGCAUUCUUCUUGUCCAGCUGUGUGCCUAUCCAUUUUGCAUAUCCGGAACUUUUGUCUUUAUUUUUCUUUCGUCGCGUCCGUGUUGUACAAUUCUCCUGCCCUGCAGCGCAUAGGCAGUAGUAGCCCCGUUUGUUAAUCCGAUCAUUUCACUUCUUUUCUUCUCUCUCCCUCUAUUAUUAGUACUUCUUUCUUGAAGCAUCUACAUACGUCGCCGACAAGACCAAUCGAGAAAUCAUCGAAACAAAAUACGACCCGCCGCAUCUCUCAGUGAGAACUCAGCAAUAGUCAAACCUUUCGACGACACUUCAAAACCCACAGAAACAGGAUGGCCAGCCCUGCGCCCUCAGCCACGCCCGCACCGGGCCAGUUCGACUGGUUCCGCUCGAUCGGCGCGACUCCGGAGGCCGUUGCCGUCCUCAACGACCAGCCCAUCCUCUUCACCAUCCUGCUCGUCGUGCUCGUCGCAAUCAUCCUGCAGAUCACAUUGAUCUGGUACAUCCACUACGCCACCAUGAAGCCCGAGCAAAAGAAGAAGAAGGACACCAAGAAGCCCGCGGCAGGGAAGCCCGGCGCCAAGCCGCCAGCGGCAAGAUAAACAAAGCUUGGCGCAAAGAGGAUGAGUGAUUUGUGGAAGGGGGAACUGAGUUAAGAUGUUUGAGAAACUGGCUUUGUUCAGGUGGUUGGGGAGGAUUCGAAAGGCUGUUAUAACAGGUCGGGGGAGUCGGAGUGAUUGGCGCUGGCAAUGGCAACGGCAUGGGGUGAUGCGACAAACCGAACGAGUUGGAGUGUCUUGCUGCUCCUUCCGUCGUGGGUUAUUUCCGUGACGAGGUAAUUAUGGGACUCCUCGUCGACCCGCUGUGGAAUUAUGAAGGCUCGCCUCGCCGCCCACGACGAACAAAUUUAUACUCAGGCGGCCACAGUCGAAUAGCAGCAUCAAUGGCGGGCAGCGGCCUUCCCAGCGACUAGGAAGGAUAUUUGGUGGGUCUACUUCUUGCAUAUAUGCGUGGUUGGCUUGACUCUUCUGGCUCAUCGCCAAUUUGUCCACUAAAGCACAGCCGAAUUACCAGUUUUCAUCGCAUCUUAUCAAAGUUUGUUUUGUUUCAUAUGUCUUGUGUGUUUUGGGAAAAGCCUACGCUGCGUCGACGCCGGCAUCGACCGGCUGAGUUGUGUUUUGUAAUGGGUUUAGAUAUGUGACGCGUGAAGCAAGACGCAAUACAGAUUCACAUGGAUACUUGACUAUUUGACUGCUAUCGCUAGACUGGGUCUUAUUCCUCUGUGUGGUUAAAUGAGAGGCCAAAACUAUUAUCAUAAACAUUCGCCAAUGUGACAAAAUGC